AUGUCUUCCUCGCCAGAACUUUCCCAACCCAUCGUCUUCGAUCCAGCGAAGCAUCUCCCACUCCUCCCCGCGUUCGUCCAUCUCCACAAAACCUGCGUCGAAUCUCCGCCCCAUCCAAUUCUCACUUUCCUCCCCCCUUUUCCGCCGGAGAAAAUCUCCAAAGUAGAAUCAUGGUGGCAAGAUCGCUUCUCCGAAGUAAACGCUGGAACGCGGCAGAUUGUUUUCGUGAUGCUUCAACCUAAAGAAGGAGAGAAAGUACAAGUAGCAGGUGUCUGCAUGCUCUCCACACCAACAUGUGAAACUGGACCUCAUAGAGGGUUUGUGGAGAAAUUUAUGGUAGAUCCGGAGUUUAGGGGAAGAGGGGUGGGGACAGGGAUUAUGAAAGCAACGGAGAAGAUUGCGGAGGACAUAGGUGCUUGGUUAUUGAUGCUGGAUACAGAUGUAGGAAGUUCAGCGGAGGGCAUUUAUAGAAGAAUGGGGUACAUAGAGUGUGGAAGAAUACCGGAGUAUGAUGUGUGGUCUCAAACGGGAGAGUUAAAGACGGAGGUUUUCUUUUAUAAGAAAUUAGUAGGUGCGGAGAAGAAAUAA